AUGCUGUGCCAUGCAGGUCUGUCAGAUGUGACCCUCCUCUUCCUUACAGAACCCUGGGCCAUUCCCCGGCACACAGGCCAAAUUGCCGGAAAUAACCAGCCUGCUCAGUGCCAGAAGAUGGACUACACUGGGCCCUUGCCUCUUUCUGAUGGCUGCCAGUAUGGUCUCACUUGUGUGGACACGUCUACAGGACUGCUGCAGGCUUACCCCAGCAGGAGGACCACACAGAAGACCACAAAAAGAGGCCUGGAACACCUCUCUUCUGUGUAUGGUGUUCCCAUGGACAUCAACAGUGACCAAGAUUCGCCACAUAGGAUAAAGCACAAAAAUAAUGAGACAGCUGUAUUGGGAGAAAAUGUGACGAUUUUCUGCAAUUUAACAACUCCAGCAGAUGUUGUGCAAAUUACCUGGCAGAAGAUCCAAGAUUCUUUGCCACAAAAUAUUGGCAAAUAUAGCAGUAGAUAUGGAGAAAAGAUUCUUCCACCAUAUAUAAAUCGGCUGCACUGCAAGGCCAUUGAACCCAAUUCCUCAUUCAUAACUAUUCGUGAAGUGACAUUUGAAGAUGAAGCCUGCUACAAAUGUCUAUUUAAUGUGUUCCCACAUGGCAGCCAUGGAGGACAAACCUGCCUUAACAUUAUAACUGUAUCUGAAGUAAGAACUGAACUCCAACCCAAUCUUGACUGUGAAAAUUUUCUUCGAUUUAUUUAUUCAGCUGUGGGAAAAACUGCUCCUCAAAUAUCUCUUUCCCCGUCACAAGUCUUGAUUAAUCCGCCAGAGGAAUACCUUGCUCAGAACCCAAAUGGCACGGCGACUAUCUCUAAAACGUGCAACAUCUCCUUAGAGACUGUGAGGUCCCUGAGACUCCAUCACCUGAUUGUGCACAUGGACCAUCCUCUAAGGAAGGAAGAGAAGAUUGUUCCUCUGUCAGUCAAACGAGAAUGCUUUCUUCACAGUCUAGUGAGCCCUGACUAA